AUGUCAUCAGCUCAGGACGAAGCGAGGCUUCAGAAUGCGAGAGAGACAAUAGAUUCUCUGCACGAUCUAUCGCAAUUACUGCAGACAGGCUUGGACAAGAACACUCUGUCGAUAUGCGUUGGAAUGAUCGAACAAGGUGCUAAUCCCGAUACUUUAGCUGCUGUGAUCAAGGAACUGAGGAGGGAGAACGAACUGCUCAAAGCUCAGAAAUCGGAUCAGUAG